AUGGCGAACAAGAAGGCGGAAGAGCCGGAGCAGAUUUCCUCUUCGUCUUCGGACAGCGGCUCCGAAGAUGAACAGAAAGCCGAGGGCGCCCAGCAGGAACCCAAGGAGGGCGAGGGCUCUCCUUCGCGCUCGCGGCAGUCUCGCAACGAAAGAAAAGCCAGAAAAGCCAUUUUGCGCUUGGGAAUGAAGCCCAUGCCCGACAUAGUCAAGGUGGUCAUCCGCAAGGCCAAGCAGUCCUGGUUCGUCAUCGCCGAGCCCGACGUCUACAAGAGCACUUCCACUGACGCCUACGUCGUCUUCGGCCAUGCAGAAGGCGUGGCUACUCAGGCGCACUCGGAAGCAGCGCAGCGGUUCACGCAGGGCGCAGUGGGCUUCGGGGGCGGCGAAGGCGCAGCAGCAGCAGCAGCAGCAGCAGCAAAGGAGGAGGGGGCCCUGGGGUCCCCUGCGGAGAACUUUGAGGGCGUCAACAAAAGAGAUUUGGACUUAAUAGUUUCGCAGUUGGGCUGCAGCAGAGAAAGGGCCAUUGAUGCUCUUAAGAAGCACAACAAUGAUCUCGUCGAGGCCAUUCUGGACAUCACUGCUUGA